AAGGUGUCGCGGUUCCACCGGAAGGUGAGGAUCGAGAAGGUACCGACCGAGAAGUCAGCGCCGGCGCAGAGAGAGGAGAAGGUGCAGGGUGAAGCGAGGGCGCGGGGCCGGGAGACAGCGAAAGCCGCGUGGCGCCCUACCCCGCGAUGUCUCCUGCGGGUCCCCACGUCCCGCGGGCGCUGCAGGCACUGCUGGCGCUGCUAUUGGCGCCGUGGAGACUGUGGGCUGUCGAGGAUGAGGAAUGCACCUGGCAGGUGUUUCUGAACAAGUUCGAGACGGUAGGCAAGAGCGGCGCGAGCGACCGCUUCUUCAGACAAGAGCCCCUGGACAAGGUGGAGAGAGUGUUCGGCAUGCUGGUGGACGCGCCCAUCGACCCGGACGAGAAAUACCUGGGCUUCCCAUAUUACCUGAAGAUCAACUACUCCUGCAAAGGAGAGCACUCUGAAGCCCUGGUCUGCAAGGGCCACCUGACGGGGCUAAAGCCCGUGGUGCUGGUCACCUUCCAGUCCCCAGUCAACUUCCGCCACUGGAAGAUAGAACAGUUGCAGAUCCAGAUGGAGGCAGCCCCUUUCCGCAACACAGAGUCCUGCAGUGCCAAGGAGGUGUGUGUCAUGAGCUGGUACACGCCCAUGCCCAUCAAGAACGGCAGCGUGGUCAUGCACGUGGAUGUCAGCGGCAAUGGCCUGGGGCCCCUCAUCCCCAAGGAAAGGUUCCAGAUGAACAUCAAUGGCUUUCUGAAGAGAGAGCAAGACAACACAAUCCAGUUCACCGUGGGGAGUGAGCUCUUCCAUAUGGUGCCCCGGUACUUUUAUAAUGCCCCGUCGCGGCCUCUGUGGUACACUGUGGACCAGGCACCCGUGCUCAUCCUGGGUGGCAUCCCCAAUGAGAAGUCCAUCCUGCUGACCGACACCAGUUUCAAGGACUCCUCUCUCAUAGAGUUGAACAUUGACAGUUGCUGGGUUGGCUCCUUCUACUGCCCCCAGGCCGACUUCGCGGCCACCAUCUAUGACACCAUCUCCACCGAGAGCACCCUCUUCAUUCGACAGAACCAGCUUGUCUACUACUUCACGGGCACCUAUACCACCCUCCACAAGGGCAACCACGGCAGCGGGAGCUGGGUUCGCGUCCUGACCAAUGAGUGCAUCAAGAAGCUGUGCCCUGUGGAAUUCCACAGCAAUGGCUCCGAGUACGUGAUAGCCCUCACCACUGGCAAGCACGAGGGUUACAUCCACUUUGGAACCAUCACAGAUGGCCACGUUUCCUUCAAGAUGCUGCCCGUGAGCCAGUCCGUGUGUGAAGGAAUCCAAGGUACCCAUCUCCCACUGGUCUGUGACGCCACUGACUGCUCCAUCGCCUGGAGUGUGUUCAUGGAGGGUGAAUACAAGCUGCUGCUGCUGGUGGAGACCGGAGUCACCCCCACCGGGAAGUAUUUCCAGGUGGUCAGCUACGACCUGGUUACAGAUAACCUGUCCAUACUCUACAAGGUCCCAGAAUUCAUCCCGGAUGCUCGAGGCCUGGAGUUCCUGAUGAUGCUAGGGACAGAGUCUUACACUGAUACCCCGAUGGUGCCCAGGGGCAUGUCCUACAACCCCUACAACAACCUACUGUACAUCUGGGGCAACUUCCUCCUACAGAGUUACGACUAUGAAAACUUCAUCUACCUGGCUGACUUCCCCAAGGAGUCGUCCAUCAAGUACCUGGUCAGCUCGUUCCGUGGGGAACUGGCUUUUGUCACAGAGACUGAAGAGAUCUGGUACCUCCUGGAAGGCAGCUACCGAGUAUACAAGCUGGUCCCCUGCGGCUGGGAGGUACACACCAGCCUGCAGGGGAUGCGCCAGUCCUCCCUCUACACCUCCAACGAGACCAUGGUCACCCUCUUCUAUGAACAAAGCAAACUGUACCAGCUGAUGUACCUUGUAAGUAAUUUGGAGGGCCAGCUGGUCAAGAGGCUUGUGCCGGUGGAACAGCUCCUGAACUAUCGGCAGGUCAACAACCGCUAUGUCUUGGAGCAGCAAGGGGGCCACACGACGCUCACCUUCACCAACGUCUGCCCCUUCACGGUGAUGCGCCUGUGGGACCUGCCCAACCCGCAGAGCUACACGCGCCAGGAGCGCUACCGGGCGCUGCCGCCGCGCGUCCUGGAGGCCUCGGGCUUCCACAACGAGAGCUCGCUCGCGGUCUAUCAGGGCCUCGUCUACUACCUGCUCUGGCUACACUCCAAGUACGACAAGCCGUACGCGGACCCGGUGCACGACCCUACCUGGCGCUGGUGGAAAAACAAGAAACAAGACCAGGAUUACUACUUCUACCUGGCGAGCAACUGGCGGAGCGCGGGCAUUGACAUGGCCAGCUACGAAAAGAUCUACAACCUCAAGGCGGAGUACGAGCUGCCGGAGCGUAUUUUCCUGGACAAGGGCACCAAAUACAGCUUCUCGAUUUUCCUUACCGCCCGGGGACACGCCUUGAAGACCGAGGCCGAACUCGGCUCCGUCUUCCAGCUGGAGACCCCGCUGGGCCUGGGCGUGCUGCUGGCCCAUCCGGGCUGCAUCGAGGCCGUGGUGAAGCAGGAAAUCCUUAUCAAUCGUAACUCGGUGCUCUUCAGGGUUACACUCAGUGAUAAAAGGUUAUGCUUCGACCAGGGCAUCAGUGGGCAUCACCUCAUGAAAACCUCCAUGCUGGUCAAGGUAGUGGGCUCAGCCGGGCACUGCUUCCAGAAUACACACCUGGGGCCCCGCCUGCAAGGCAGCCUGGUGGUGCCAGUGCUUAUCGGCUGCCCCCCGGGCAAGCGCCUGGCCUUCGACAUCACCUACACGCUGGAGUACAACCGCCUGCAGAACAAACACUACUUCGACUGCGUAAACGUGGACCCGGAGAUGCCCUGCUUCCUUUUCCGCGACAUAUUCUACCCGUUCUUCUUGAUCCAAGAUUUGGUGACGGGAGACUCCGGCAGCUUUCAGGGCAGCUACGUGCUGAAGGUGGUGGGUGGUGGACCCACCCUGGACUCCAUCGAGGAUUACAGCAAGGAGGAGAUCUACCGCUUCAACAGCCCCCUGGACAAUACGGACAGUCUCAUCUGGACCACGAGGAACGCGACGACCACCGAGGACAUGGCCUUCAACAUCAUGUCCCACCAGAGCUUGGGCAUCGAGUGGCUGUGUCUGCAGAACUCCCCAUGCCAUGACACCAUUCCCCAUAGCAUCUUCGCCCCCGAAUUCUUCUUCAAGGUGCUGGUGAGCAAUAAAGGUGUGGACAAGAGCACGUACUGUGACUACCAGCUCACCUUCUUGCUGCACAUCCACGGGCUUCCACUCAGUUCCAAGAGGGCCCUCUUCUUCCUCUUUGUGUCAGCUAGCAUGUUCGUGGGCCUGGUGGUCCUCUACAUCGUUGCCUGCCUCAUGUGGCCCCUCAUGGUGAAGGCUUGCAACAUCCUCCGCUGGAAGAUCAAUAACCUUGUCGCCUCAGAAUCCUACUACACCUACACCUCCUCUUCCAGAGGCUUCAGCAUUCCAUCCAAGGUCAGCUCUAAGGCCAGCUCCAAGGUCUGAGAUGUCAGAGAAAAGACAAGGCUGAACCUGAGUAAACCUCAGAGAAGUCACUGACCUGAAGCCCUUGCCUGCCCCAACCCUCCAACCCCUCAUCCCUUAUGCCCAGGCCUAGUCGCUUCCUGGGCUCUCUCACCAAGCCCACCGUGGAAACGUGAGCCUGUCACCCAUCCCAGGCCUUGCCUUCUGUUUUUCUUGAUUUUUCACUUCUCAUUCAGACCCAAAUAAAGCCUCAUUUCAGGACCA